AAAGAACUCUUUUGAAAUAUAUAAAGAGAUAGAUUUUAUUUCAGUUUUCUUUUUUUUUUUGUUUAUUUUUAUUUGGUUAUUUAUUUCCAAACUGUAUUGCUAAAAUGAUAGUGAUUCAACGCCUGACCAUUGUUUUAUGCAUCUACUUAUUUGUAUGUGUGACAAUAACGAAUGGAGCCAAUUGUUUUUGUAAAAAGAUUCCUAAACUUUUUACAGCAGAUUGCUGUCAAGGUUGUCAUGGUGAACUAAGAACCAAUGGGGAUCUUCAUUGUCAUUUUGAUGAUUAUGCUUUUAUGGCUGAUUUUAAUCGAUGUUGUGAUAGUUUCUAUGGGAUGGCUCGAUGCACCUUGGGAUGACAUUAAAAAGUCUGCUGAUACCUUUUUUUUUUUUCUUAUCAUCACAGGUGAUAGAAAUUGAAACCUCUCUC